AUGAGACUUGCAGAUGAACGUAGUACUUAUCUUGGUCUCUCUUGUGUCAUGAGAAGUAAUAAGGAUGCCAUUUUAGGGUUGUUAAAAGACAAAAUGCAGAAGCGCAUUCAAAGUUGGAAGGGUCGUUUCUUGUCCACCGUUGGACGUGAAGUUCUAUUAAAAAUUGUAGCACAAGCUUUGCCAAGUUUUGCUAUGUCUGUGUUCUUAUUGCCUUUGAAAACAUGUUCACAUCUGAAAAGCCUUAUGACUAAGUAUUGGUGGAGUUUGAGUGGUAGGAAAGGGGUGAGUUGGUUUAUUUGGAGGAAACUAUGCAAAAAUAAGAACUCUGGAGGGAUGGGUUUUCAGAGUUUGCGUGAGUAUAAUCUGUCUUUGUUGGGUAAGCAUGGUUGGCAGUUACUAGUGUAUCAGGACUCCCUUGUGGGUCGGAUAUAUAAAGCUCGAUAUUUUUCUAACUGUACAUUCUUAGAAGCCGAGUUGGGUGGCAAUCCGAGCUUUAUAUGGCGUAGUGUCUUUAAGUCACAAACGUUGCUCAAAGAUGGUGCUCGUAGUAGAAUAGGACCUGGUUCAUCUACUGAGGUGCUUAACACGCCUUGGCUUUUGUCUGAGGAUAAUCAGUGUGUGGUCUCUUAUCAUCCGGCACUGACCAAUUGUAAAGUGUCUCAACUCAUGAAGCCAGGUAGUAGAUAG